GCCAAAAACAUUGAUCCACUGCUGGUACAUGUAACAGCAGAGGGAGGACCAUGGCGUUCUUCGUAUCUCGCGCUGCUCUCGUUGCUGUUGUUCUCAUCAGCCAGUCUUGCUCUAUUCAUGCGUGGAGGUCUGGUUUGGCGCCUGGAGUUUCGCCAAUGUCGAAAGGGAGCAUCCGUCGACGCAUUUCCGGUGCAGGAUCGCAUGUGAAGGUACUUGCAUCGCUCACGCAGCGAGACAGCUUCCCUAGUGAUUUGUUGCUGUUGGAGACACCAAAUGGCGACUUUUGGACCCCCUCGGUUCAGGCAACACAUUUGAUGCAGCAGGAGAAUACUGCCUUGCACAGCCCUAAACAAACGAGGAAGGAUGAGAAGAAAAGCAAGUUCACCUGGGAACAAAAGUUCGCUCUUCUGCGUCAGUACAAGAAAGAACACGGCAAUUGCAACCCACCCGCGAACUACGUGGUCAACGGUGUCAAGUUGGGAGGAUGGGUGGCAACCCAACGUAAAGAGUACUGGAAGCAUCAGGCUGGAUUGUUCUCCAUGAUCAUCAACCAGAGACGCAUUCACAGACUUGAGAGGGUGGGUUUUCAGUGGGAACCGGACCUUGAAGUCGUUGGUGCAGACUGUGUUGCGAAGGCUUGCAAAGCCCUUGGCGCCGCGGCCUUUGCCAGUACCGGACUCAUUCCUGCAUUUGCCCAUUAGAGCCGAUCAUACUCACUUUCGGACUACCGCAAUCCCAGCCAACGGUCUAAACUAGCUUCUUGGAAACUUUGCUCAUUGA